AAAAAAUAAUCGAGUUUCUAGAAGCCAAAGAGAGAGGGCACGCAGCCCUAGGGCCCGAAUUUUAGCUUAAACUCACUCGCCAUCACCACACGCCUCUGCGCGCUUCAUUCAGUCAAAAAAACAAAAAAGGCCGUUUGUUGCUGAGCUCCUCUUCCAUUACUACUCCUUUCUUUCUCUUUCUUAUCUUCUUGAUCAAAGCAAUCAAUCAAUCCAGUAAUCUUUUUCUGAAUCUGUUCUUGUUGUUUUGUGUAUGAAUGUGUGAGUCAUAGUUAUGUAUAUAAUGGCCCCAUACUCAUCUUCUUCGCUCAUCAGAGCUUCUAGGGCUACAAGGCUUUUCUCUCGAGCCUUUUCGUCCUCGAUUCCCAAACCUUUUUCGCCUCCUUCUUCUACUUCCUCUGUCCACCGAUCACUUGGCUCCUCAUCGGCGUUUCGCUCACUCCCGCGCUGGAGCCACGGCGUUCAUUGGCGCUCCCCUUACACUCUCCGCUCUCAGAUCAGGGCAGUCGCUCCUGUGAUUGAACAGUUUCAGCGCAAGAUCGCUUCCAUGGCUUCUGAAAAUCCUUUCAAGGCAAACCUGACCAGUCUUCCCAAGCCUGGGGGUGGCGAAUUCGGAAAGUUCUAUAGUCUUCCUUCUUUGAACGAUCCAAGGAUUGAUAAGUUGCCCUACUCUAUUAGAAUUCUUCUUGAAUCAGCUAUUCGAAACUGUGACAACUUCCAAGUCAAAAAGGAAGAUGUUGAGAAAAUCAUUGAUUGGGAGAAUUCUGCACCAAAGCAAGUUGAAAUUCCUUUCAAGCCUGCCCGUGUCCUCUUGCAGGAUUUUACCGGGGUUCCAGCUGUGGUUGACCUUGCUUGUAUGCGUGAUGCCAUGAAUAAUCUUGGCAGUGAUUCGAACAAGAUCAACCCUUUGGUGCCUGUGGAUCUCGUCAUUGAUCAUUCAGUUCAAGUUGAUGUUGCAAGAUCGGAGAAUGCAGUGCAGGCCAAUAUGGAGCUUGAAUUCAAGAGAAACAAGGAAAGAUUUGCUUUUCUCAAAUGGGGGUCGACAGCUUUCCGCAACAUGCUUGUUGUUCCACCUGGUUCUGGUAUUGUGCAUCAGGUUAACCUUGAAUACCUUGCACGGGUUGUCUUCAACACUGAUGGCCUACUCUACCCAGAUAGUGUGGUUGGAACUGAUUCCCAUACAACCAUGAUUGAUGGGCUGGGAGUUGCUGGUUGGGGCGUUGGAGGUAUUGAAGCAGAGGCUGCAAUGCUUGGCCAGCCCAUGAGCAUGGUCUUGCCUGGUGUUGUUGGGUUCAAAUUAUCUGGUAAAUUGAACAAUGGAGUUACGGCUACUGACUUGGUGUUAACUGUUACACAAAUGCUGAGGAAGCAUGGAGUGGUUGGCAAAUUUGUUGAAUUUUAUGGUGAUGGUAUGAGUGAACUAUCACUAGCUGACAGAGCUACCAUUGCCAACAUGUCUCCUGAGUAUGGUGCAACCAUGGGGUUCUUCCCUGUUGAUAAGGUUACUUUGCAGUACCUCAAAUUGACUUGUAGAAGUGAUGAGACUGUCGCUAUGGUUGAAGCUUAUCUGAGGGCAAAUAAUCUUUUUGUUGACUAUAAUGAGCCUCAACAAGAUAGAGUGUACUCAUCUUACCUACAAUUGGAUCUGGCGGAUGUCGAGCCAUGUAUUUCAGGACCAAAGAGGCCUCAUGACCGUGUGACUUUGAAAGAAAUGAAAGCUGAUUGGCAUGCUUGUCUUGAUAACAAAGUUGGGUUCAAGGGAUUUGCUGUACCGAAAGAAACACAAGACAAAGUGGCUAAAUUUUCAUUUCAUGGACAACCAGCAGAGCUUAAGCACGGAAGUGUUGUGAUUGCUGCAAUUACAAGCUGCACCAACACUUCAAACCCAAGUGUCAUGCUUGGAGCUGCCCUUGUUGCAAAGAAAGCUACCGAACUUGGUUUGAAGGUCAAGCCAUGGGUUAAAACGAGUCUUGCCCCAGGUUCUGGAGUUGUUACAAAAUAUUUACUGCAGAGUGGCCUGCAGAAAUAUUUAAAUGAACAGGGCUUCAAUAUUGUUGGUUUUGGCUGUACAACAUGUAUUGGAAAUUCAGGGGACUUGGAUGAAUCAGUUUCUUCUGCCAUUACUGACAACGACAUUGUAGCAGCUGCUGUGCUGUCUGGGAAUAGAAACUUUGAGGGUCGUGUUCACCCCUUGACAAGGGCUAACUACCUUGCCUCACCCCCUCUAGUGGUUGCCUAUGCCCUUGCUGGCACGGUGAACAUUGACUUCGAGAAAGAGCCCCUUGGAAAAGGGAAGGAUGGUAAGGAUGUUUUUUUCAGAGAUAUCUGGCCGUCAACAGAAGAAAUUGCCGAGGCUGUGCAAUCCAGUGUGUUGCCAGACAUGUUCAAGAGUACUUAUGAAGCUAUUACAAAAGGAAAUGCAAUGUGGAAUCAGCUGUCAGUUCCAUCUUCCAAUUUAUAUUCUUGGGACUCUAGCUCAACCUAUAUUCACGAACCCCCAUACUUUAAAAAUAUGACCAUGGAUCCUCCUGGCGCACAUGGAGUGAAAGAUGCCUACUGUCUGCUGAAUUUUGGCGACAGUAUUACAACAGAUCAUAUUUCUCCAGCAGGAAGCAUCAACAAGGACAGUCCUGCUGCAAAGUACCUUAUGGAGCGCGGUGUGGAUCGUAGGGACUUCAAUUCUUACGGAAGUCGUCGUGGCAAUGAUGAAGUGAUGGCAAGGGGAACUUUUGCCAAUAUCCGUCUUGUUAACAAGCUUUUGAAUGGUGAAGUGGGUCCAAAAACAGUUCACGUUCCUACAGGAGAAAAACUUUUUGUGUUUGAUGCUGCAAUGAGGUACAAAUCUGCUGGGCAGGACACUAUUGUAUUGGCUGGUGCUGAGUACGGAAGUGGAAGCUCCAGGGAUUGGGCCGCCAAGGGUCCAAUGCUUUUGGGAGUCAAAGCAGUGAUUGCUAAAAGUUUUGAGAGAAUUCAUCGCAGUAACUUGGUAGGAAUGGGUAUUAUUCCACUUUGCUUCAAGUCUGGUGAGGAUGCAGAGACACUAGGAUUGACUGGUCAUGAACGUUAUACCAUCGACCUACCAAGCAAUAUUAGUGAGAUUAGGCCUGGUCAAGACGUGACUGUCACAACUGACACUGGGAAAUCUUUCAUCUGCAAGGCGCGAUUUGACACAGAGGUGGAGUUGGCUUAUUUCAACCACGGAGGCAUACUGCCAUAUGUGAUAAGGAACCUGAUUAAUCAGCAGUAAGGAAUAAGGGACAAUGCUCUGUUCGGAGUCCAUGCUCACAAAAGAAGAAAAUAAAGGGUAAUUUUUAAAAUAAUGGGGGGAAAGUCCCAUUCAAGCGACAAACAUAUAAUUAUCAUCUUUCGGCCCUUUUAUUCCAUUUGACAUUUUGUAGGGAGUGCAGGCAUGAGAGAGCCUGUCAACAAGGGAGAAAUUUGUUUUUGUUGCUAUAUAAUUCUUUUCCUUUUGUCCAUGGUUGCUUGUUUGUUCUCAAGCAUUUUGCGUAUAUUUUAAUUUAUAACUUGUGGUUAACUCGAUCAUUGUAUUAAUUUCAAGUCACAAUGCUUAGUACGUACAUACA